AUGUCCGGUGCCUCUUUCGGUUUCCACGGCUCCUCAUCGGCCGGUGGCCAUUAUAGCGGCCAGUAUACAAAUUUCGACGUUUCUGAUUUCUUCGACUUUGAUCAAGACUUCUCUUCAUUAAUUAAUCCGGCAGGUAAUUAUAAUGAUAUUCCUAAUCAUGAUCUGGAAUAUUGUUAUACCACUAAUGAAGUUGGACUCGUCGACUCCACUCGAGUUAGCAGCAGCAGUAGCUCCCCUGAAGCCAUGACCAUCAAUAACCGAGAGACGAAGAAGGAAACUAGAGAUAAGGUUGCUUUCAGAACGAAGUCGGAGAUUGAGAUACUUGAUGAUGGAUUCAAGUGGAGGAAGUAUGGAAAAAAGAUGGUCAAAAAUAGCCCAAAUCCAAGGAACUACUACAAAUGCUCGGUGGAAGGGUGUGUGGUGAAAAAGAGAGUGGAACGAGACAAAGAGGAUCAACGGUAUGUGUUAACUACGUACGAGGGAAUCCACAACCAUCAAGCAGCUGGCUCUACGUUUAGAACAUGA